UGAACUUUAGAAGUAAAAGCUAUGAAUAUGAAUUUCUGCUCAUAUUGCAUCGCCCUCCAAGGGAGCGCCUUCAGUGAGGCAGCGGAGAAGAUCACAUAUAAUCUAACUCGAAACCCGCAUCAACCUAGCUGCACAGCAUUAAUAAAGUCUGCCUCCCAGGGUUGUCCUUUAUGUCAGCUUAUUAUAGAUUCAUUAUCCAGACAAUGCAGAGAAUCCAGGCAUGUCGAUGAUAACAACAAGCCGAUAUAUCCGCAAGGGGAAGUUGCGAUAGGGGGUGUGGUUGGGUCAUCUGGCGAAAGAUGGAUUUGGAUUGGCCACUCACCUAGGGCAUCUGGCAUGCUCAGGGCUAUUGAGAUUCCGCGUGGUUGGAAGGAUACUUGGGGAGAUCCUAAGGCAGAUAUUCACGAUGCUUCCCUCGCUAUGUUGAAGGAGUGGCCAAGGAUCUGUUAUCGAGAUCAUCCAGACUGUGCACGCCCGGACGAAAGUUUCCUGCCGACAAGACUCAUAGAAGUCAGUCUCGCAGGCGAUGAGAAAGUGCGCCUAAUAUGUACGUCAGGGGUAAAUUUGCAAGAUCGUCGGUAUAUUGCUUUAAGCCAUUGUUGGGGUCUAAACAUGCCUCACUGUGCCCAAACCUUUCAGGAGACGUUGGCAGAUCACGAAAAAGGAAUAACGCUGGCUGAUCUAACGAAGACUUUUGUGGAUACUAUUAUAAUGGCUAGAAAGCUUCAAGUUCCAUUCGUAUGGAUUGACUCGCUUUGCAUUUUGCAGAAUUCCAGAGAAGACUGGGAAACCGAGGCAGCUCAGAUGGCAGACGUGUAUUCAAACGCAUACAUUACACUCGCCGCUUCUGCAUCUUCUGAUGGAACUCAGGGCUGCCGUAUUCGUAGCGAUAAACAGGAGCCCUUUUGGCCUUAUAUCGACAUCCCAGUUAUCGGAAACCGCGAGAAAAAGAGUUAUCGAGUAUUCAGCUGGUCUGAAUUAGGAACUGGGACACCGGAGAACGACGUGCUACAAACUCGGGGGUGGACAUUACAAGAACGGGAGCUUUCACCCAGAAUUGCUCACUUCUCGGAAGACACUGUGAUAUGGGAGUGUCAGACAUCUAGAGCAUCUCUAAAUUUUCCGUGGAAAGACUCGUUCGGUGUUUCCGGGCAUAGGCGCGUUUUCGAUAUGGAUAGCUACGGUCGCAAGUUUCCGAAGGCCUCUCAGGAUGCUACCGUUUUGACAGAAGAGCAAAAGCUUUUCGUCGUUGCUGAUUGGAUCCGUCUUGUAAAAUUGUACAGUCGUCGCAGUCUUACAAAACAAGUGGAUGUCCUUCCUGCUAUUUCGGGUGUAGCCCGAAUAUUCGCGAGAUUCGGUGUAGGCGAAUAUGGUGCUGGUUGUUUCGAGUCUCAUGGAAUCAUCAGUCUCUUGUGGGUUGUCGACACGCCCUAUACAGACAAGGAGAUAUCAAUGGCGUCUCGGCGGCCUGCUCAAUACACAGCCCCUUCGUGGUCAUGGGCAUCUAUCAUAGGUCCUGUUAGUUGGAGUUGGUAUCCGCCUCAUGACAAGCUAGAAAGCCUCGUUACUAUCAAAACCAUUUCGACGACACCUAGCGGAAAAGAUAAAUUCGGACAGGUGAAGGAUGGGUUUUUACGAGUAAGUGGCAAACUAUGCAUACUCCGUACCGAGCUUACGGAACAUGGUUACGGAUCCACCGGGGACCCAGCCGGACUCACCCUCUUCGGGAACAUCAACGGCAGUGAGCGUAAAGUUGGCUGGAUAGCUUUCGAUAUAUUAGAUGAAGUAUGUGAAUUCGUCCAUUGCAUAGCGUGCGCAAGGGUAGGGUUUCCUUGGCCCCAAGUCUACGGUCUUGCGCUACUCCCUAUUCACGACGAGUCAUCCGUGUCAACGUAUAGGAGAGUAGGCCGUGUAAGGGCAAUGGAGAAGAUAUGGCUAGAUGAAUCGUCAACGGAAAUAUUCAUUGUUUAAUGAGCACUAAUUUAGAGUUGUGAUUCAUCAAGCCACUUAGAACUCACCCAUUAACCUAUACAAAUAUAGGUGGCAAUAAACACUCUAAUCAAG